GCCCUCUUUGUGAAGCCAAGGAACUAAAACCCUAACUCUCACUCCACUACCCCAAUUCGCCAAUUCUGAAACCUAAUCUCUACAAUUCGAAUUCGUCGGUGAAAACCCUUUUUCGUCGUGCUUCGAAUUCAGGCGUCGGCAUUGCUUUGGGUAAGUUGAAGUGGCAUAAAGCUCGGAUCUUUGCUGACAAUGUCAGCGAGGAAAGUAGGUGAAGCUCAACCUCAGCCUGAGGACGGUGGCUCUGCGCAAGUUUCACAGUCCGUUCGAGCUUCCAAGUCUAGUGAUGAUAGUGACAAGAAGAGCACAGACAGGAAACUUAAGGAUGUUGAUAUUUGUGUGCCGAUAGUAUAUGGGACGAUCGCGUUCUAUCUCGGUAGAAAGGCCAGUGAGUCUCAGUCCCAUAAGUGGACAGUUUAUGUUCGUGGAGCUACGAACGAGGACCUUGGGGUGGUGGUGAAGCGUGUUGUCUUUCAAUUGCAUCCUAGUUUCAACAACCCUAUGAGAGUGAUUGAAUCGCCCCCAUUUGAGUUAACAGAAUGUGGUUGGGGUGAAUUUGAAAUUGCCAUCAGCCUGUUCUUCCACAAUGAUAUCUGUGAGAAACAGUUGGACUUGUAUCACCAUUUGAAGCUAUAUACUGAAGAUGAAUCAGGCCCCCAGUCGACCAAGAAACCUGUUGUUAUGGAAUCUUACAAUGAAAUUGUUUUUCCAGACCCUUCCGAGGCAUUUUUUGCUCGUGUGCAAAACCAUCCAGCUGUCAUAGUUCCCCGUUUGCCUGCCGGGUUUAACUUGCCUAAUCCUGUUAUUAAUGAUAACAUGAAUGAAAACAAAUGCGGAGACACGAAGGAUCAUCCUCUUAGUCAGUGGUUCUUGAACUUUUCAGAGGCAGAUGAACUCCUAAAACUUGCAGCAGCUCGCCAAGAGGUUCAAGCCCACAUUGUUAACAUGAGAAGAAAACUGAACUUGAUGGAAGGGGUGCCCCAGCUGUCCAAACCACCCUCUGGAUUUGAAUAUGCAUGAUAUGAUCAUGGUAAUAUUGUCAAAGAUUCGCCAUCAGUGUAAAUUAUGGAAGAUCGAGUGAUCUUUGAUGUAAACAUGUGUAUUAUCACAGUUAUGGGGGAACUCUCCAUUUUGUUUUAAUCUAUGUAUGUGGUUUACAGCUAAUUGAACUGUAGUAUAGGAACAACAAUUGAUUGUUCUGGGACCUGUUAUCAAACAAGAGUUAGAAGGUUGUGUAAUUUUCUAUAUUAGUUUGAUCUUCUUCCCUCUUUAUUUA